AUGCAGGCUUCAAUAGCCGAGUCCCGUCAGUUGCAUGAGGCCAAGGCGGCCAUAGGGGUUGAUGAGCUUGGAACCUACCUAAGAACCUUUGGAUAUCUUAUGAAGGACUCCAAUGAUAAGCAGCAGCAGCAGCAGCUCUUGGAAUCUGCACUAAAGAUGUACCAGAAAACCUACCACUUAAAUGUUACUGGAAAGCUCAAUUCCGAAACAAAGGAACUGAUAAACACUCCACGACGUGGACUGCCUGAUCAUAAUCUCAUCAAUGGUAGUGUUCAAAUGGGUUCCUAUCAAGCCUUCUUUAAUCUUGGACCUACAAAAUGGCCACCUACAAUGUACCAUCUCCCAUACAGAAUCUCUGCCAGAGAUGAAACCCCAAUUGGGAACGACGCUUUGGCUCAAGCAUGUGCUCAGGCAUUCGGAUUAUGGGCCGGUGUUUCCAACUUUACAUUCACAAGCGUUGGACUAGACGCCCCCCAUCAACUCGACAUUAGCUUUCGUCGGGGUCAGCAUCGACAUGGGAAACCAUUUGAUGGCAUAUUAAGGCAUGCAUUCUACCCCAUGGCUGGACUUAUGCAUUUGGAUGCAGAUGAGAAUUGGAGUUUGACAUGGCCAAAAUAUGACCAAUACGACUUAGUCGAGUAUACCAGUACCCUUUGUUGUUCUUCGACUUAG